CUGUACAAGAAGAGUGAUGGCAUCCGCAAAGUCUGGCAGAAGAGGAAGUGUGGGGUGAAGUAUGGCUGCCUGACCAUCUCCCACAGCAUGAUAAACCGUCCCCCUGUCAAGCUGAACCUCCUCACCUGCCAAGUCAGGCCCCACGCCGAGGAGAAGAAGUGCUUUGACCUGGUGACACACAACAGGACCUACCACUUCCAGGCAGAGGAUGAGCAGGAGUGCGUGGUGUGGGUCUCAGUGCUGCAGAACAGCAAGGAUGAAGCCCUGAGCAAUGCCUUCCGAGGGGACCCCAGCAGCAGUGGGGGGGCAGCAGGUGGGGGGGCAGAUGGUGGCUUGCAGGACCUCACCAAGGCAGUGAUCACCGAGGUGAAGAACAUGGCAGGAAACAGGCAGUGCUGUGACUGUGGAGCCCCGGACCCCACGUGGCUUUCUACCAACCUGGGGAUCCUGACCUGCAUCGAGUGCUCCGGCAUCCAUCGGGAGCUGGGGGUGCAUUAUUCCCGGAUCCAAUCCCUCACCCUGGAUGUUCUCAGCACCUCCGAGCUCCUGCUGGCUGUCAGCAUUGGCAACACUCGCUUCAACGAGAUCAUGGAGGCCACGCUGCCCACGCAGGACUGUCCCAAACCCUCUGCCAGCAGUGACAUGGCUGCCCGGAAGGAAUUCAUCGUGGCCAAGUACAUGGAGCGGCGUUACGUCCAGAGGAGCAGCCCCGAGGAUCCCCACCGCCUCUGGGAAGCCAUCCAGACCCGGGACCUCCUGGCCCUGCUCCAGGCUUUUGCUGAGGGCCACGAUCUGGCCAAGCCCCUGGCCAGCCCCGAGGGUCAGCAGGACCCGGCUGAGCUGGCCCUGCACAUGGCCGUACGCCAGGCUGACAGAUCCUCCCUUCCUCUGGUGGAUUUCAUCAUCCAGAACGGGGGGACACUGGACCGGGUGAUGCCGGACGGGAACACGGCUCUGCACUAUGGUGCUCUCUACAACCAACCCAACUGCCUCAAGCUGCUCCUGAAGGGCAAAGCUGCCUUCAGCACAGUGAAUGCAGCGGGUGAGACGGCCCUGGAGGUGGCCAGGAGGCUGAAACACACAGAGUGUGAGGAGCUGCUGGAGCAGGCACAGGCGGGGAAGCUCUCCCCGCAGAUCCACGUGGAUUACGACUGGGAACCCCAGGAAUUCCCCUAUGACAGUGAGGAGGAGCUGGAGGAGAAGGUGAGCCCCCUCCAGCGCUCCUUCAAGGGGACGUCACCCCUGGCCACCACCCCCCUGCCCGCUGCCCCCCAGCCCCGCUGGAGCUGCAUGGGGAUGGACAUCACCAACAAGACCUACGAGAGUGUCCUGGUGCCCUCCCACCCCACUCCCCGACGGGCCCACAGCGAGGAGAUCCCCCCCCCCCUGCCCCUCAAAAACCCCACGCGGGGCAGCGCCCGCCCCAAGCCCGGCCACAGCCCCACUGAACGCCCUGAGCUCCCCCGCCAAGCCUCAGACCCUCACUUCUCGGGGGUGGCCGAGGUUCCUGCGUGGCGUGGGCUCCCCUCAGCCUCCAGCCUGGGUGCCCUGGACACCAUCUCCAGCCCCCCCAGCACCCGCAGCCCCCCCGAGACCCGGCGGGCAGCUUACUGGGAGACCCGGUCAGAGACCGAGACCAACGGCAACCGAAGGGCUCCAGAGCUCAACCCCCCCCCCGGGCAGCCCCCCCCGGGCACCACGGCCCCCGACAUCCCCCCCGUCAAGUUUGGCUCGGGGAGCACCCGCUCGUACCGGCGCAUCAGCGGGGGGGGGGGGGGCAAAGUGGGGUCACCCCUGUCCCCCCAGAGCCCCGAGGACCCCACCCUCAGCAAAACGCCCCCCGUGCCCAUGCCCAGGAGGUUCGCUCCAGCCAAGGGGAAGCAGAAGAGGGUGAAGGCAGUGGCUGACUGCAAGGGGGACAAGGCAAGGGAGCUGACAUUCUCCAAGGGAGAGGUGAUCGUGGUGACCCGAGAGGAGGAUGAGCAGAGCUGGGUUGGAUUCAUUGAGGGCGAUGGCUCCCGCACUGGGGUCUUCCCUGCCAGCUUCGUCCACCUCCUGCAGGACUGACAGGGGGACAGUGGCCCCUUUUGUCCCUGUCCCCUCUGUGGGGACCUGAGGCAGCUCCCCACCGGCUGAGGAGCAGCCCCAGCCCCAGCCCCAGCAGAAUUGGGACAUGUGCCCAGGAGCCUCCUGUGGGACCAUCCUGCCCUCUGAGGGGGCUCAGAGACACCCCCCCCCCAUCCAUACAUUGGGAAGAUCACCCCUAGAUCCUUCUGGGGGGGGGUUGGGGGGCUGCCACCCCCUUGGGAGGAGGGCAGAGAACUGGCAGACUCAUGACAGUUGUGGGCUGAGGUUUCUCUGCUGUGUUCCCCCCCCUCCCUGGGGCUUUCUUCUCCCUUGCCUGCAAGAAUUUGAGGAUGGGGGGGGAAUGCUUAGUGCCCCCCACUCUCCUCUAUGGACCCCCCCAUAACCAGCUUGGAGGGGGGAAGGGGUGAGGGGCAGCUGAGUGUGUGUCCCCCCCCUCCUUUAUCCCCACCUGUGAAGUGUUUGGGAGGGGCAGGGGCUUCAGGAACCUCGUCUGGAGGGGCUCUGCCCCUUUCCCCCCCCCCCCAGACUGGGCUGGUGGGGUUUGGAUGUCUCAAAACCUCCCCAAAAGGGGUGGCAAAAUGUCCCCCCACUGGUUUAGGAGGGGGGUUUGGGGGGGCAGCCCCUGCCCCUGGCUGGGGUGGGUGCUGGAUCACCUCCCCGGCCCUGGGGGGGCUCUUAGGGGGAGUUGGGGGGGGGGAUCCUGCAGCUUUUACUGGGACCAAUGUCCCCAUUUCAGCCCCCCUCAGCCCCCCCCUCCCUGCCCUUUUCUCGUUUGUGUCAGAUAUUUCAUCUCACCAGCAGCCUUUUUGGGGUUAAUUUUUCAUGUUUUCUGUCUCUGGUUUCUAAUAAACCCAACACUUUUGUAAAUGUGUGGCAGGGGGGGGGCUGGCAGUCCCCAAUCCAGGUGAUGUUGGGGACAUCACAA